CGUCAGGCGCAAGGAAGUGGCCAGCUGAUGCCUGAGAGCGUGUUAACCGCUUCCUCGCCGGGGGACGGUGUCAUCUGAUGGCUCCGGUGGGCGGGGCCUGGGCGGCGGCGGAGACUCUCAGCAGUUCCCGGGUGAGCUGUGCGGGCAGUCAGCCGCCAGAGCGCGAUGUGACGGGGCCCGCCGCCGGGUGACACAGGACAUGGCUCCCAUCAAGUCGGUGCUGAGCCUGGCGACCUUCCUGUUCGGCCUGGCCAUCGGCUUCAUCUUCUGCUACGUGAUCGUCAGCAUCGCCCUGCACGAGAAGGAUGAGCACCCGGCCGACAUGCUGCACAACGACCCGCACGGGAGGCACAUGGAGCAGCAUGAGCACCAGCAGCUGCCCGGGCACAUCAUGGACUUCAAUGCUGAUGCCCAGCAGCACCACGAUGAGGACGUCCAUGUUUCUGAAGACCUCCACAAAAAGGUGAGAAUCCUGUGCUGGGUCAUGACUGGCCCACAAAACCUGGACAAGAAGACGAAACACGUGAAGGCCACGUGGGCGCAGCGGUGCAAUAAGGUCUUGUAUAUGAGUUCGGAAGAAAAUAAAGACUUCCCCACCGUGGGGCUGGAUACCAAGGAGGGCAGGGACCAGCUUUACUGGAAAACCAUUAAGGCCUUCCAGUACGUACAUGACCAUCACCUGGGAGACGCCGACUGGUUUAUGAAGGCGGACGACGACACGUAUGUUGUGGUUGACAACCUGCGGUGGCUUUUGUCCAAGUAUAGCCCGGAAGAGCCCAUUUAUUUUGGCCGGAGGUUCAAGCCUUAUGUCAAACAGGGUUACAUGAGUGGAGGGGCUGGCUAUGUUCUCAGCAAGGAAGCUUUAGUAAGGUUUGUGAAUGCCUUCAAGGAGGAGAAAUGUACCCAUAGCUCAUCUGUGGAGGACCUGGCGCUCGGGAAGUGCAUGGAGAAUAUUAAUGUCAAGGCUGGAGACUCAAGAGACACCAGCGGGAAGGAGACCUUCCACCCGUUUGUCCCCGAACAUCAUCUUAUCCAGGGAUAUUUGCCAAAGACCUUCUGGUAUUGGAAUUACAACUACUAUCCUGCCAUAGAGGGUCCCGGCUGCUGCUCUGACUUGGCUGUUUCCUUUCACUAUGUGGACUCCACAACAAUGUACCAGUUGGAGUAUCUGGUGCAUCACCUCCGUCCUUACGGGUACAUGUUCCGAUACAAUCCGGACUCCCAAAAUAAUCUGGAGCAUAACAACGUGAAGGACAAAGUGGAAAAAGAUGUAAAAGCAGAAUAAUGCACACAAAAAAAAAAGGGAUCAAAAAAGAAAAUUGUGAACCUUUUUGUUUGACCUUUCGGCGUUCAGAAUCGUGCAAUGCUUUGUGUUUUUUGUUUUUUUCUUUAAAAAAAAUCGCAUGAAUUUCUGUGAGCCUUUUUACUGACAAUCAUGCAACUUUUUUUUUUUUUUUGUAUACAAAGGUGUAAUCUUCUAGAAGACAUUGGGACUGUGUCCUCUAACGGGACACUGGUAAAGUAAAGCGUUGAACACUCUCGGAGAGGAUAUUUAUUUUAUAAAGGAAUUAUACAUUCCACUUGUAUUUUAAAGAAAUGUAUUUUUUUGGGAUGAUGCAGCUUACAUGGUGAUUAGAAGAUCGCAUCCUGCACGGCGGAGUCCUAGGAUGAAGCAGGUGGAGGCCGUAUGAGACAGCGCAAGUCUAUUGGGUCUUCCUACACUUCACUUCUACUUUUAAAGGGUUUACCCAGCCCUGUCUCUCUCUCUUCUGACUGUGGAGGGACACUGCAGCCACCCAGCAAGUGUCCUAAUCUAAUUUCUAGGACACAUGAACAGUACUUUUUGGGAAUGAAUCUUGCCAUGCCCUAGAUAAGAUUGGAAUUGCAGAGAAGAACUUAAAGGGGUACUCCGGCACU